UACAACCUACAAGUGAAAAAGUUUAGAGAUUGGAUUUGUCUUUUACAGAAGAUUUUGAGAUUUUUAAUCCACUUUCAAUAUCUGUUGCUUUAAUAUCUGCUGAUCGGAUGUUGAAAAGGCGGGCCGAUGAAGAAUAACCAUGUGUUAUUACUGCAGCUAAAGACUUUGAUGAUUUUAGCACUAUACCACCACGGGAGAUUCUGAUAAAAGUUGGUUUAUCUUCACCUUUAUCAUCUGAACAAGCACCGAAGAGAAGAAAGACAGUUAUGUUUCAGGAAGAAAGUCCGGAGUUGAAGGAUGAUGAGAAUUUUACACUUGCUCAUUCAGUACGUCAUGUGUCGGGUUCUUUUACUAAAAAUCAAGAGGGUUCAACAGAUAAGGCAUCAACUCAACUUGAACAUGGUCAUCAAGGAGAAAUUAGUGUGUCUUCUGAGGGUGACCAAGUCAAGUCUUCUCCUUCAUCUACCACAACGCCUCAAGGGCGUUCUAAGUUAACAUUAGACGUGGAGGAGAUAAAGACUUACAUCAACUACUAUGAUGAGAAAAUGAUUGAUACAGAACAAGGUCACGGAAAACAAUCGAAAAAAAUGGACAACUCAUCUUUGGAGGAUGUGACGUAUGGAGAUGAGCCCAAGGGUCCAUUGACUGAAAUCAUAAAUGACGAUUCAGUUGCAAAUCAACCUGCGGUCACGGAUAUCCAAGAAUGUGUCAACACAAAUACUGAAUGUACAACCAAAACUGACGUUCAAAGCAAUCAAAAGGAUGCUUUCGGUGGCAUAAUACCAGAUUCUGUUCAAGACGCUGUUGAUGCACUCUUAUUUGGGUUGUCGACACCUUCUGCCACAAAGGCGUUGGAUGCUGGUACGCCAAAUAUAACGUUUGAGAGCCAAUGGACCCUUUCGGGCAGUCAAUUUCUACCCGACUUCCAGAUGCUCAAGUUCUAGAGUGCAAAGUCGCUAAAGCAUUAGUAAAAAGGAACCGAAAGAAAUCAAGGGUUUUCAAGUCUCUGUACGUAACAAAAUUUGGUUCAAGCUCUAAGGAUGAGGGAAAUUCUAAUAAUGAAGAGAAGCAGAAGUAUGCUUUUGAUGGUUGUACCAUUCACCAAGAGUUUCCUAAUCUAUUGUUGUUAGAUUACUCUCAAUAGAUUGUCGUAGGGUUGUUGAAAUAUCAUUCUAGCAAGUAAGUGAUUUGAAAACUUUUUUCAUUUUUUAUUAAAAUAAUAUGUCAACAUAAAUGCUUGUGAUGUUUAUACAUUGUUAAUUGUACAGAAAAUAAAUCGA